CCCAAAUUAACAGUCCAAUGGUCAUUCUUGCUGUACUUCCACAAUCGGAUUACUCAUCGUCUACCCCUCGCUCACCCACAAAAUCCUUCAUUACAGACGUUUGCACCAGAAAUUGUGUCACUCAUCUUCAAAUACUACGCCCAAAUGAUCCCUAGAUACACACGCAUCUGAGUUCCUGCUAGGUUUCGUGGUGGGUCAAAGGGAGCAUUCGUCCUCCGCCCUUGUUCAUUGGGCGGAGUGGUUCUAUACUACUCUCCGCCUUAACUUUCCGACGAUAUGAUUGAUCAGUUCAUCAAUUUUGUCAUUCGACCUCCCAGGGCUGAUUAUAAUCCUGAUCAGUAUUUAUGGGAGAAAGACUUCACUCUUGCUGGAAGGAAAUACAAAAGACAAGACCUUGAGCUCAGAAAUGGUAGAGGGCAUAUAUUAAGGUGUAGCCAUUACCUGCCUUCACCCUUCCCAGAUAAUACUUCUCUUCCUUGUGUCAUAUACUGCCAUGGAAACAGUGGAUGCAGGGCGGAUGCAAAUGAGGCUGCUGUGAUUCUUCUACCAUCAAAUAUUACUGUUUUCACUCUUGAUUUUUCGGGUUCAGGGUUAUCUGAUGGUAAUUAUGUCAGCCUUGGUUGGCAUGAGAGUGAUGACUUGAAGGUUGUUGUGUCGUAUCUAAGAAGCAAUGAACAAAUAUCUCGUAUUGGUCUAUGGGGACGCUCUAUGGGUGCAGUUACCAGCUUACUGUAUGGAGCUGAGGACCCUUCUAUAGCUGGAAUGGUGUUGGAUAGUGCUUUUUCUAAUUUAUUUAAUCUGAUGAUGGAACUUGUUGAUGUGUACAAAAUUCGGCUUCCUAAAUUCACAGUGAAAGUUGCUCUGCAAUACAUGCGUAGAGUGAUUCAGAAGAAGGCAAAAUUUGAUAUUAUGGAUAUAAAUGCAUUGAAGGUUGCACCAAAAACAUUUAUUCCUGCUUUAUUUGGACAUGCAAAAGGGGACAAGUUUAUACAACCCCACCACUCCGACCUCAUUUCUAACUCCUAUGCAGGAGAUAAAAAUGUGAUAAAGUUUGAUGGGGAUCACAACUCAUCUAGGCCACAGUUUUACUAUGACUCGGUCUCCAUAUUCUUUCACAAUGUUCUUCACCCUCCUCAGUUAUCACCUUCAUGUUCAACAAAAUAUGAGAAGUAUUAUGAUCUGGGAGAUCUUCAAGUUGAUGCUGCUGGUAUAGAAGAGAGUUUGUUGUAUGAGAUAAUCGGGGGGAAAGGGCAAGGUUUGGGUAUGGAGAGCGGCAGUGCAAGCACUUCAUCUGCCCCACCUACCAUUUUAACCACGGAUUCGGUUGAGGAUUAUCUUCAUGGAACUGGAAUUAUGCCCCCGCUUUUUAAAAAGGUGAACGAUGUAAAUACGGAAGCAGCACAACCACAAUUGCAGGAGUCUUGUUCAUAUACAAGCUCAAAUAGAGAGAGCUGGGGAAGAUGCUCCUCUUUGGGGAGUGAUGUUGAACCUUUUCCAGAUUGCUCAACAUCAUCCAACGACAAUCACCUGGUAAGGUUGAAGGUGCUUGCAACACCACUUCGAACGACGAGUAAACAUAAAAAUGCAGCUGCAGCUGAAGCUGAAGAAAAGAAGAAAGUAGUAAAGAAAUCAUCUGGACGUGAAAAGCUGGAAAAACUAGAGGCCCUUAGUCAGCGUUUGCGACUCUGUAUUUUGAAACGUGUCAGGCAUAGGAGGAAUCAUUCAUCUUGAAUUUGGUUAUACUCUAUCAUAUGUUGUAUUCUUUGUAGGUCCCACUCCCCACUCCCUAGUUUUUCUAACUAACAUAUGUAG